AUGUCUAAGAUCUCUACCUCUCAAGUCAGAGAGCACGUCAAGGAAAUCUUGAAGUACUCUACUGAAACCAAGAAGAGAAACUUCUUGGAAACCAUUGAACUUCAAAUCGGUCUAAAGAACUACGAUCCUCAAAGAGACAAGCGUUUCUCUGGUUCUCUAAGACUACCAAUCUGUCCAAGACCAAACAUGUCCGUCUGUAUCUUUGGUGAUGCUUUCGAUGUUGACAGAGCUAAGUCUUGUGGUGUUGAUGCCAUGUCUGUUGAUGACUUGAAGAAGCUAAACAAGAACAAGAAGUUGAUCAAGAAGCUAUCCAAGAAGUACAACGCUUUCGUUGCUUCCGAAGUUUUGAUCAAGCAAGUUCCAAGACUUCUAGGUCCUCAACUAUCCAAGGCUGGUAAGUUCCCAACCCCAGUUUCUCACAACGAUGAUCUUUACCAAAAGGUCACUGAUGUUAGAUCCACCAUUAAGUUCCAAUUGAAGAAGGUUCUAUGUCUAGCUGUUGCUGUCGGUAACGUCGAGAUGGAAGAAGACGCUCUAGUCAACCAAAUCUUGAUGUCCGUUAACUUCUUGGUUUCUCUACUAAAGAAGAACUGGCAAAAUGUUGGUUCCCUAGUCAUCAAGUCUACUAUGGGUCCAGCUAUCAGAUUAUACUAA